CGGGAGCCUCCCCAGUCCCCAGCUCCAGGGGAGCCACAGCCCCGCAGGCCGUUCCGGCGGAAGCACCGGCUGUACGUGAAGCUGUCCCCUGGCCAGGUCACUGUGUCCCCAAGCCAGGACAGGGGGCAGCCAGCCACUUCUGAGGAGCCAGGGCCUUCCCAGGGCAAAAGGCUGCGGCUGCUGCGAGGCCAAGCCAGCAACUUCCGGAGGAAGAAGAGACCCUUGGAGAAUGGCCACGAGGCGGGGCCUGGCGACGUGGGGCCCUCCCUUCCCCUCCGCCAGUGCAGUGGGGAGGAGGGGCAGGACCCGGCACCAGGGGGGGAGGAGGAGGAGCAGGGCUUGGCAUUGAAGCAGGAGGAGGAGGAGAGGCAGGGCCUGGCACUGAAGCGGGAGGAGGAGAAGGGGCAGGGCCUAGCACUGGAAUGGGGGGAGGAGGAAGAGAAGAGUUUCGGCUCCCCCAGGCUGGCUGGGCCUGGUACCACGCGCCCCAAGCCGGACUUUGUGCAGCUGAUCGAUGAGCACGGGAUCUACUCCACAGCCAAGCUGGUGCUGGGCAGCACGACGGGCGAGCUGGACGAGGGGGUGGUGCUGCCACCGCACCUGAGGCGGGCAGGCCCCCAGCUGGAGAUCCGGGAGGUGAUCGUGGACGACAAGCCCUUCGCGUGCAGCGUGUGCGAGAAGACCUUCAAGCGGGCCUGGGAGCUGUUCAGCCACGAGGUGGUGCACAACGAGGAGCGGCCCUUCCACUGCGACCUCUGCGAGGCCUCCUUCAAGCGCCACUCGGACUUCAAGAGCCACCGGCUGGUGCACACCGAGGAGCGGCCCUUCCACUGCGAGAUGUGCGGCAAGAAGUUCAAACGCUCGUCCAACCUCCAGGAGCACCGGCGCAUUCACACCGGCGAGCGCCCCUACCAGUGCGCCUGCUGCGACAAGAGCUUCAAGACGCCCUACGAGCUGCAGCGCCACAUGCUCACCCACUGCACCGAGAAGCCCUUCAAAUGCGGCGACUGCGGGAAGGACUUCCCCACCUCCAACUCGCUGCUGCUGCAUCAGCGCCAGCACUGCGACGACAAGCCCCACGUCUGCGGCGUCUGCGGCAAGAAGUUCACCUACGGCCACAGCCUCAAGGUGCACGAGCGGGUUCACACCGGUGAUCGGCCCUUCGUCUGCCCCAUCUGCGGCAAGGGCUUCAAGCAGUCCAACGCCCUCUCCUCGCAUGAGCGGGUGCACACUGGUGAGCGCCCCUUCGUCUGCAAGACCUGCGGCAAGGCCUUCAAGCAGUCGUCCUACUUGGUGAUCCACGAGCGCUCGCACACGGGCGAGCGGCCCUACAAGUGCGAGGUGUGCCAGAAGGCCUUCGCCCGGCCCUCGCUGCUGCUGCAGCACCACCGGGUGCACAGUGAGGAGCGCCCCUACAAGUGCAGCUUCUGUGACAAGUUCUUCAAGGACCUGGCUUACCUGACAGUGCAUGAGAAGGUGCACACGGGCGAGACCCCCUACAAGUGCAGUGUCUGCGACAAGGGCUUUGCCCACCCCUCCAACCUGCUGCAGCACCAGCGUGUGCACCGCGAUGGCUGACCCAGUUCCUGCUCCAGCAUGCCCCGCCGGGGAGUGCGGCCCAUGCUGCAUGCAGCUCCCAGUGGGUGCCACUCUGGCUGGGCCCUCAUGAGAGAGAGCUGCCAACAGGCACUGAGCCGGCCAGGGGGCCCAUGGAGGCUACGUCUCCCAACGUGCACUGCAGUCCCUCAUGCAUCAGGGUGAAGCAGUGCAUGCUGGGAGGAGCAAUCCAGCCAGGCCACACCCCCUCACUACAAGGGGUGAUGAAAGCUCCUAUGUGCACAUUGGGUAUGGGCUAUAGGUCUGCGGAGGGCUUGGUUGCCCUGGCCUGAGUCGCUGCUUGGCUCCAGGACCCCGUGGCCCUUCUCUGGGCACUCCUGGAGCUCAGGGAAAGAGAGGAAGGGUUGGCUCCUCAGCGAGGGGUUUGCUCUGUGCCUGUCAUGGGGGCUGGGCUGCGGGGAGAGAAAUCAGGUCCGGAGAGCAGGGAAACCCCCCUGAGCACUACCCAUCUGCUCAGCAGGGCAGUGCUAGAUCCAGCUGGGGGGAGCUCCCCCUCCCCACAAGGAGCUGCAGUUUGGUGAACGCUGAGCAGGGGGCUCCUCUGUGCUUCCUGGCUAGAAAGGGGUUUGUGAGCCCCACCUUUGUGCCAUCGCCCCAUGGCAGCCUCCUGACAGGGUCAACACACAGACUGUGCACAGCCAGGGUGGCCCCUUGGGGAUGCUCCAUCAGCAUUCCUGUGACCCAGGGUUCCUCUCCUGGGAUAGCAUAGUCCCUGCCAGGGGGUCGUGAGCUGGCAAUUCCCCGUGUAGCUGGAAGGGGCUCUCUGGUCUCCUGGGUGAGCCCCAGGGGGGAUGGGAAAGCAGGUUCCUUCUUGACCAGCAACAGGGCACCCAGCUGCCUCCAGCUGAGCUGAGCUUGUGUUCGCUCCCCCACUGCAAUGGGGGCUGGGGAGUCAAGCCUCCAUCCACCCAGUUGCGGGAACUGAACCCACAGAACGAGGGCUGGGCCGCAGCCCCUCGUAUCUGGCACCCCCAGCCCGUGGGCACUGGGAUGUGCACGUGACCGAGUCGCCCUCGUCGCUCCACAGACAGAAGGGGAGGUAACGGGAUCAGCUCAAACCUUUUUGCCCCCUCUUGGUGUCGCAAUAAGAAAACAACUUACACUAGAUCCAGAUCGGGUUCUCUGAGCCUGCGCUGUGUGCGCACGUGCCGGAAUGGCGUACAAUGUGAAUUACAGCCCAGAGCCACUUCGCUGCUAGCUGGUGCCAGGCGCACCCCCAUGUGCUGUCUGCUCUGCUGGGCUGGGCGGAUCCCUUGGGGAUUGGAGAGUCGGCGCAGGGGAGUUCUCAGCUCUGAGUGGGGGUCGGGUCUGACACUUCUCCAUGCUUG